GUUCUUCAUUACGAUUCUGAUUUUCCAAUGAUUUAUACCAACGAUGAAAACAGACGUAAUUCUUGAUCGAUUUUGACGAAUGAGAUCUCCUUUCAAAGACAAAGGUUUAAGCGAGGACGUGGCUUUUUCGAUUUUUUUUGAAAGAGCUUUAUGUUCUUUGAAAAAUAUCGUAUAAGAGAACAGUGUUUCUUCCAAAAUGGUUUAUGCACAAACAUUAAAGCCGUUUUAAAAAUAACAAGAAAGCCAUGUCCUCGCUUAAACCUUCCUCUUUAAUAUGAGAGCUCGUUCAUAGAAAUCGAUCAAGAAUGUACCCCUGAAAAUAGGCUCUUCUUGGCGUAAACGCUUUCUUUACGCGACAAACGAGCUUUAGGGAAGAAGCUCGUAUUCCUCAGUAUUGAUUCUCAUAUGAACGCUUGAGCGUAAAACGAUUUUCAAAUGAAAUAGAAUUGAAUUUUGAAAUCGACGCUUUAAACGUGCGCUUUCGUUUAAUGUCAACGAAAAUGGAUCAUCUUAGGAUCUCAUUAAAUUAAUUAAAGAAUUUUCUCAAACAAUUGUUUACAAUCAAUUGAUACUCAAUAGGAUGAAAUAAUACUUAAACGAUGGUAUUAAAUGCCGUCUUAUAUGUAACUUUCUUAGAAUCUUCGGCUCUCUCUUUUAAAUACGCUUUAAUUAUUCAUAUUAAUUUGAGAGAAAAAUAAUGAAUUCGUUUAAAAUGAAAAAACACUUUUGAAUCUAGUCGAAGGUGUCUUCGGAGAAGUAUAGUCUGACGUAUGAUUUUUUUCGUCGCUUUUCGUCAGAUCGAUUGAUUGCAUUACUUUUACCAAAUGGAAAAAUUUCUCUCGCACUCGAUUGUCACCGGUUACGCGUUAGAGAGGUAUACAACCUAUAGGAACGAUACGACAGUUUCCCCUAUUACGUUUUUAAUAGUUCAUAUUUUGUCCGUACUGAGGUCGCUGAGAUCGCACGCGCGUAAGCUAGCGUAUAGUUUUGACGAGUAUUCGUAUCAUUGGAUUUCGCAUAAUCGAAAUGCGAACCGCUCGUUUAGUCGAGUAUGUCCAUAUCCUGAAAGUUUCAUUUGCAUCGUCCUUUCUCUUUAAAGUAAUUUUAAUAUUAGCUCCUUUGAGAAAUAUCCUGUAGUUAAGUAAUAAUGACGGAUGGAACAAGAAAUGAUGAUAGUAAUACUUUUAAUUCUAGAUCCGAUCGAUCGGACAACCUAAUGAUAUCAACGGCAGGAGCAGUGGUUUUGUAUUCGACCGCACAAGCUUGGAAAGCACACUUCCAUCGCUGCCUUGCACCCGACAGAUUAUCAGAAUCAUCCGACGGGGAAGAAGAUUUGUCUCAAUACGAAUUUGAAGACGACCUCGAAUAUUUAAGAUCGUUGGAUCCAAAGGAAUGGAAAGAUCAAGACCAUUACGCGGUGUUAGGGUUGAGAAAACUUAGGCACAAGGCAACCGAAGAUAUUAUUAAAAGGGCUUAUAAACAAAAGAUAUUGAAGCAUCAUCCGGAUAAGCGUAAGGCAUUGGGAGAGGAAAUACGACCGGACGAUGACUACUUCACUUGCAUUACUCGUGCAUGGGAGACACUUGGAAAUUCGACGAAAAGACGUAGUUACGACAGCAUAGAUCCUUAUUUUAACGAUGAUUUACCGGACGAGAAGGAAUGUAGAAAUAAUUUUUACGAUAUCAUGGGUAAAGCAUUUAAGGAUAACGCCAGAUGGUCUACCAAAAAGCCGGUCCCGCUUUUAGGUGGGCCAAACACGCCCAGGGAUAAAGUAGAAAGAUUUUAUUCUUUCUGGUACGACUUUGACUCUUGGCGCGAAUACUCGUAUCUCGAUGAAGAGGAUAAAGAGAGUGGGCAAGACCGAGACAUGCGUAAGUGGAUCGAGAAAAAGAAUAAAGCUACGAGAGCAAAACGAAAGAAGGAAGAAAUGGCAAGGAUACGUACCCUAGUUGAUAUGGCCUAUAACGUAGAUCCUAGAAUAAAGAAAUUCCAACAGGAUGACAAAAAUAAAAAGACAGCGGCGAAGAAGGCAAAGCAAGAGGCUGCUAAAGCUCGACAACAGGAAGAGGAGAGAAUAGCUAGGGACGCUGCCGAGAAGGAAAGAUUGGAAAAGGAAAAGCGCGAAUCCGAGGAACGUGCAAAAAUGGAUGCGCUGAAGCAAGAGAGGGAGGCACAGAAAAAGGCACUCAGGAAAGAGAGAAAGGCGCUGCGUGACAUUUGUAAAUCUAACAAUUACUUUGCCGAUAGCUCGGCCGAAAGUCUGAAGCACAUGGAGAGCGUAGAAAAGAUCUGCGAGUUGUUCAAAUUAGUACAGUUGGAAGAAGCUAUGAGGAAACUGCAGAACGGUGGUAGGAGCGCUUUCAUCGAGCUGAUGGAAGAAACGGAACAAAAAAUAGAAGCGGAACGUAGAGCUGCUAUAAUAAACAAUGACGCGCGUAAUACACCUGAGAAACAGGUAAAAGCUCAUACCGCGCCGUGGAGUGAAAAUGAUUUGCAACUUUUGAUAAAGGCCGUCAACUUGUUUCCUGCUGGCACGAAUCAACGUUGGGAAGUAGUGGCCAAUUUUAUCAAUCAACAUAGUACCUCGUCGAGCAGCAUAAUCACGCGCGACGCCAAGGAAGUUUUGGCGAAAGCUAAAGAUUUGCAAUCUACCGACUUUAGCAAGUCGAGCCUGAAGGAACGAGCGAAUAAAAAUGCAUACGAUAAUUUUAUCGCUGAGAAGAAAACCAAAGAGGGUAUAGAAGAAAGGAUGCCGGCUUUUACGGAACGCUUGGAUCAUCCUCUUUCCAAUGGUAUAUCAUCGACCGACGCGAAAGACGUCAAGAAGGAAUCGCAAGCUUGGACGCCCGCGGAACAAAAACUUCUCGAGCAAGCAUUGAAAACUUAUCCUACGACGGUCCCCGAUAGGUGGGAUCAAAUAGCUGGAUGCAUACCAACUAGAACGAAAAAAGAAUGUAUGAGGAGGUAUAAGGAACUCGUGGAGCUCGUCAAAGCGAAAAAAGCAGCACAAGUCAUGAAAUAAUAUUAACUCUCCUUAAGAUGAAUUUCUUUGUAACUUAUUCGUUAAUUAAUUAUGACCAUUUUCUAUGUCAUUUCCAAUUUUCCAUUGUAGGAAUUUCAGUUGAUACGAAUCGUAAGAUGAGAAUGAAUGUUAGAUAUUAUUGAA